GCCCUUGAGUACGACUUUGGUAUCGCGUUGUCGCGUCUUGUGGGCCAUGUUCAAGUCCGUCCUCACUCGUUCGGCAAGAAUACUACCUGGAAUUAGAGCUCAAGAGCUUCCGACACGAAUUUCACUAAUAUUACCUCGACUGAAAAGCACGGCGACUCCGGCAAACCCAAAAAUCGAGCACGAUGACUCUACUCACGAGAAAAACCUCGAUCAACUUUUAGAAAACGAAGAUAUCACACUCGAAGACAUUGAGGUGUUCGAGGAGCAGAUGGAGAAGGAAUUCCAGGGGGGCUUCCAAGCCUCGAUAACGGAACCCCAAAGGCUAGCUGAAUCUGAGGCGGAAAUGUUCAACAUUGAGUCAGGUUCCCCUGAAAAAAGCCGGGCAAUGAAGCUGGACCCACAAUCUCUUCCUCGACGGGUAACGCUGGAGGAACUCGGCCCAAACUUUACAGAAGAAGAUUAUGCAUCUACGCUCGUACACGGUCGUGGAAUUCACCUCCCAUAUUUCCAUGCGCGGACGCAUGAUAUACCAGUCGCGAACAUUCAAUUCCGCUCACACCACCCCCGUCUUUUGGAGCUCUUCACUCAUUUUGCGACUCAUGCAGCUUCAUCCCUCGGGAUACCGACGUCUCGCGUUUUUGCCCUACCGACUCAACGCUCUCUCUGGACCGUACCACGAAGUCCCUUUGUUCAUAAAAAAUCGCAGGAGAACUUUGAGAGACGGGUGUAUAAGCGCGGCAUCAAGGCCUGGGAUGCUGAUCCCGAGGUUGUGGAUCGUUGGACAAAGUAUCUUGUUAGACAUCAAAUGGGUGGUGUAGGAAUGAGGAUCACGAAGUGGGAAAGAAUGCCAAUCGGUGUUGGAAAAACUAGGUUCGCUCAAGUGAAGGAUGCCCUCGAGGUCCCUGGGUCAGUGGAUUCGGUCAGCAUUAAGGACUUGGGGAAGAAGAUUAUUAUAGAGGAGAUGAAAGACAUUCGAGGACAGCCUCGGAAACAAAUCACUCAAGUAUCAUAG